AGAGCAUCAAAGCACGGGAAAACUUGGCGAGUAAAUCGACGGCGGUAGUGGCGUAGGGGAUCAUUUUUACGAAAACCCUAAGCCUACCACUCUGGGACUCCAGAGCAUCAAAGGACGAUAACCCCUUUCGUCUCUGAAGCUAUUUCAUCCCAGUCGAAUCUUCAAUUCGGUGCAUUUGGAUUGCUGGAAGGGUGUUGGAGUUUCAUACUUUGAUGCUUCUUUCUCAUCUGAUUAGUGCAAUUCAUGGAAGAACUGCUGCCAGUUUGCAAAGGAGCAGAAGCAGUUUUAAAUCUGCAGCCUAGCUCUUCAAUCUCUAUUGGGUAUCAUCCUCUCUUUGGCCCCCAUGAUGAUCUUAUUCUCUUUGAGCUUGAUGAGAAACUCGUCCCCGAUGUUCUGCACCAAAGGGUAACCUUAAGGGGACAGCCGGAUGAGGAAGCUGUCCUCUGUACCAUGUCAAAAACUUAUGCGAUUAAGUUUGUAGGAACUUCGAAUUCUGUAUUCCUUAUACCUCCCUCAGAUAAUUCAGUAUCAUGUGAUAAGUCACUAGGUUGUCAUGAGGGAAAUUAUAAGGAGGAAGUUGUGGCCGCUGUUCUGAAAGUUGCACCUGGUACGAUGGAGCUUGUUGAGGUUGCCCCUAAACUUGACAAACUAAAAUCGAUUCUCUUGGAGAGUCCUUACUGCUCUGAUGAGGUGGAAGGGAUGGGGGAUUUAGAAGUGAUGGAGACAACAUCAAGAAGAUUGUAUACAUGGGAUGAUCUUGUUGACAGGGUUCAGGCUAGUGAUGAUGAAUUGAGAGCUGGAUUAAAGGCUAUCUCGGCAGUGGAGAUUGAUGGGUGUUGGAGAAUUGUGGACGAUAAAUAUAUGGACUUCAUUCUGUGGAUGCUUUUAAAUAAUUCUGUAGCAAAUGGCUGGUCACUCAAUGAGCUGAUUGAAGAGGAAGUUGUGAAUGUGCUGGUAUCAGAUGGGAUUCCUGCCAGACUUGCCAAUCAUUGUUUACAGGUUUAUGGAAAUAAGGUGGUGGGUGCAGGCAGAAGCUUGUGGAGGCUGGACGAGAGGAGAGUAUGCAUACAGUUUGCAAGACAAAUUUUGAGAGAAGGAAAGAGGAAAAUAGAAAUUUUUAUGGAGGAAUGGAUGAAGAAGAUUCCAUUAGGGAUGCAGGCUAGUUUUGAUAUGUUGGAAGGUGAGGUUUUGACAGAGAAGCUUGGUGUUGAGACAUGGGUUCAUGCCUUUAGUGUUUCUUCAUUGCCUUCUAACCCUGCAGAACGUUUUUCCAUGCUCUUUAAAGAGCGGCUAAAAUGGGAGUGGAAGGAUUUACAGCCCUACAUCAGGGAUCUAAAGGUACCUGGUCUUACUUCAGAAGGGUUGCUACUCAAGUACACUCGAAGAACACAACCAACCCUUGAUGCAGAACCUGUUUUUAGUGCAAGAUAGUGCAAUGGACUUGGUUUAAGGUGUCAUUUCUGUGAAUUAAUUGAAAUGGAUGGACUUACACUAGAAGUGUAAACCUAAGUCCACUAGAAAUGUAAACCUUUCAAUUUUCUUUUUGGGUUGAUGAAGUACUCCAUUUCGGUUCUAGAUCCAUUGAUGUACGUACUUUACCCAUUAGAGAAGUCUGCUAAUCACAAAGCAUUCAUAAGGUUUCCCUCCAUUCUGAAAGAAUCUAUUUCAAUCCAUGAUUUGAUCGUAUGUAAAAGGCUAGGCUUAUUGCUAAAUUUGGA